ACAAGUCCCACAAUCUCACGUCAUGACGUAUUACGUUUAGCAACGGUCAGUUGCUAAAGAAAAAAAACAGCCGCUUCCGUGUUGUUCUUGUGUUAUUCUGGCAAAUAACUACCGUUAGCAGAGUCAAAGCUCGUCUGACAGCCUCGCCGGAGUGUGACUAUCAUGGUUUUGUGAAGCUGACAGACAGUUUCAGCUUUUUUCACCGGAAAUGUCGCUGCUGCAGAGCUCAAAGAAAAAAGACAAGCGUAUUUUGUCUGGUACCUGCCCAGACCCGAAAUGUCAGGCGAGGCUAUUCUUCCCUGCUUACGGCUCCAUUAGCAUCGAGUGCACGGAGUGUGGUCAACGCCACGAACAGAAGAACCUGUUAAAUGUCGAAGAAGUGACUGAUCCAGAUGUUGUGCUUCACAAUCUGCUCAGAAACGCCCUGCUCGGCGUCACCGGGGCCCCAAAGAAAGGGACGGAGCUGGUGAAAGUAAUGGGGCUUUCUAAUUAUCACUGCAAGCUCCUGUCUCCGGUCCUCACCAGGUAUGGCAUGGAUAAACAAACCGGCAAAGCCAAGCUGCUGAGGGAAAUGAACCAAGGUGAGAUGUUUGACUGCUCGCUCCUGGGAGACAGAGCUUUUCUGAUUGAGCUGGACCAUGUUUCCACCAUGGGCUACGGCAAGGACAGGUCAGGAAGCCUCAUUUACCUCCAUGACACUCUGGAGGAGGUCAAGAAAGCCAACAGCAACAGGGAAUGUCUCAUCCCCGUCCACGUGGAUGGAGACGGGCACUGCCUGGUCCAUGCCGUGUCCAGAGCGCUGGUGGGUAGAGAACUGUUCUGGCACGCCCUGAGAGAAAACCUGAAACAGAACUUCAAGCAGAACCUGGACCGCUAUAAGGCUCUCUUCCAGGAUUUUAUUGAUGCUGCAGAGUGGGAGGACAUCAUCAAUGAGUGCGACCCCCUGUUCAUCCCGCCCGAAGGCGUCCCGCUCGGACUACGCAACAUCCAUAUAUUCGGCUUGGCCAACGUCCUCCACCGACCCAUAAUCCUGCUGGACUCCCUGAGUGGAAUGAGGAGCUCUGGCGAUUAUUCUGCCACCUUCCUGCCUGGGCUGGUGGCCGAGGAGCAGUGCAGGGGUAAAGACGGGAAGCUCAACAAACCCAUCUGCAUCGCCUGGAGCAGCUCUGGCCGGAACCACUACAUCCCUUUGGUGGGAAUCAAGAACACGGUGCUGCCCAAGCUGCCGGCCCGCCUGCUCCCGAAGGCCUGGGGAGUCCCUCAGGAGCUCAUCAGGAAGUACAUCAAGCUGGAACCGGACGGGAGCUGUGUGAUCGGCGGCGAUCGCAGCUUGCAGGAUAAAUAUCUGAUGCGGCUGGUCAACGCCAUGGAGGAGGUGUUCAUGGAGAAGCACAGCAUCCACCCGUCGCUGGUGGCUGAUGUGCACCAGUAUGUGUACAGACGGACCGGCGUGAUCGGCAUCCAGCCUGAGGAGGUGACCGAGGCAGCUAAGAAGUCGGUGAUGGAGAACCGGCUGCACCGCUGCCUGAUCUGCGGCGCCCUCUCUGAGCUCCAUGUCCCGCCGGAGUGGCUGGUUCCUGGUGGGAAGCUCUACAACUUGGCCAAAACCACUCACGGCCAGCUGCGGCCGGACAAGAACUACAGCUUCCCCCUCAACAACGUGGUUUGCUCUUAUGACUCCCAGAGAGACGUCCUCACCCCGGAUUAUAAACUGAGCUCCCUCAACACCUGCAACUGGUGUCAUGGCACAUCGGUCCGCCACAUCCACGGCAACGGGUCGGUGGUUUACCUGGACGGGGACCGAACCAACACCCACUCCCAGGGCGGGAAAUGUGGGUGUGGCUUCAAGCAUUUCUGGGAGGGGAAGGAGUAUGACAACCUCCCCGAGGCCUUCCCCAUCACGCUGGAGUGGGGGGGUCGGGUGGUGAGAGAGACAGUAUACUGGUUCCAGUAUGAGACUGACCCGACUUUAAACAGCAACGUGUAUGACGUGGCCAUGAAGCUGGUCACCAAGCACUUCCCAGGUGAGUUUGGCAGCGAGAUCCUGGUGCAAAAAGUAGUAAACACCAUCCUGCAUCACACCGCCAAGAAGAACCCGGACGAAUACAACCCGGUGUCCAUAGACGGGGCUCAUGUCCAGCGUCUCACCGACGCCACGGAGACUCAGCAGGUGACGGACCCCCAGCCGCCCACAAAGAUCAUCCUGACUGGUCAGAAAGCAAAGACGCUCCACAAAGAGGAGCUGACGAUGAGCCGAGCGGAGCGCAGCAUCCAGCAGAGCAUCAGCGAGCAGGCCUUCGUCACUCAGAAGAGACGGACUGACAAGCUGAAGCAGGAGCAGAAGGGCCACGUCCGGACGACUUCCCCAGGUGGCUCUCCGGAAGCAUCCUCCUCUUCAGCUCCGGUCACGCCCACCAAAUCCUCCUCCCACUCCUCGUCCAAUAAGGAGAAGAAGAUCCGUGUGACCACUAGUGACGGCAGGCAGGCCAUGCUGACCCUGCAGGCCCACACCACCUUCCCAGAGCUUCAGAGGAGCAUCGCCAACCAGUUCGGCGUGCCGCCGCCGCAGCAGUGCAUCCGCUACGGCUUUCCGCCCAAAGAGCUGGUCCCCCCGAAGGACGGCGAGGAGAAUGAGCCGGUGGCGCUGCAGCACGGCGACAGGGUGACAGUGGAGAUACUGAGGGGCCCCGAGGACAAGGGCCCCGCGGCCUCCAUACCGCGAGCCUCCAGCUCGCACUCCGCCCUGCACUCUGCGAAGAGCGAGGACGCCGUGACGUCCGGCAGGACGAGCAGCCGGGAACUACAGGACAACAUUGACCUUGAGAUGUCCUCCCUCUGUCUCCUAGCAACCCUGAUGGGUGAGGACGUUUGGUCGUACGCAAAGAAGCUGCCGCACUUAUUCCAGCAGGGUGGUGUCUUCUACAACAUCGUCAAGAAAGACAUGGGCCUGAUGGACGGGAAGCACUGCACGCUGCCUCAUCUGACGGGGAAAACGUUUGUUUAUAACGCAGCAGAGGAGCGUCUGGAGCUCUGCGUGGACGCUGCCGGUCACUUCCCCGUCGGCCCUGAUGUGGAGGAGCUGGUGAAGGAGGCUCUGGUCCAGCUGCGCUCGGAGGCGGCCACCAGGGGCAGCAGAGAGGGGAGUCCAUCCCAUGGCGUGCUGCGGCUGGGCAGCGGCGGCGUUGUCCGUAAGAAGGAGCAGCUGCAGAGCGUCACCGCCUUCCAGGGUAAAGGCCACUCUCUGGGCAGCGCCGGGGGCUCCUCCCCUCCAGAACACCGGCCUAUCACGCGCCAACACAGCAGCGGUGUGGACCUGAGUGCCAGCGUGUCCCGAGGCCCCCCAGACCUGUCGGACAUCCCCGAGGACGCCACCAGAGAGCUGGUCCGCAUGGCUCCGGGCUUCGUCACCAUGAAGGAUGGUCGUGGUCUGGACCCCAGCCUGAUGGAGCAGCAGCGGAAGAAGCUGCAAGAGAUGGUCUCCACCAUCCAGGCGUCCAUGGAGCGCCACCUGAGAGAGCAGCAGAGUGCUGCUGCUGCAGGGGGCGGGGCCAGCCAGGAGCGGACAGGCGGGACUAAGACGGGCGAACCGACAUCUACAGUCGACCACGAACCUCCAUCUGCUGCAGGCGCUACGGCGGCCAGCAAACCUGACAGGAAGGCGGAGGAACUGGAGGAGAUGGAGAGUCAGGAUGCCGAACAGAGCAACGCCAUCGAACCCAUGGAUCACUCCUGAUCACUCCUGACCCCCAGCACCGCCCCCCGCCCCGCCCUGCCUCGCCGGCACCUUUGGGUCCUAACGCCUCAGGUCGGAUCCUAAAGCUUUGGUCUUCAUCGUGUUUCGUUGUCUUUACUGCAUGACUAAAGAGCGAGCCGACCGUCCUCACCUCUCUGCAGACUUGAGGUGGGAUGAUAAUCCAAAAGGCGAUAUAUUGUGAAACGUUCUCUGCGAUACAUCAUCGAUACUCUCACAACAAUAUCCCACUUCUGUUGCAAUACUGAGGCUCUUGCUGUGUGUGUGUGUUUAAACUCUAUGCACUUUGGUACACACUCUCUCAUCUCAGCUGUCCACACGACUCUGUUAAACUUCACAGUGCAGUAAAUAAUAAACAAAUGAUUGAUUCCUGCUUUCGAGAGAAAUUAUUUUGCCUCGUUAGGAUAAGUUUUUCUUUCCCGUUGAUGAUGUAUCGUAAACGACUGUCUUGCAAUAUAUCGCAGAGUCGCCUGUGUGGUGACAGGAUUGUAUCUCUGUCCCUGUGAUUCCCACCUGCAGACGUCUAAUCCUCUCGCUAUAAACGCACCGAAAUCCGAGGCUGAAAAACCGCUCGGAUUCAUGUGUGAGACGCAUUCCUGUAGAUAGAGGAUUCUUCUGAGUCUUAACCUGCCACCGGGGGGAGAGCUGCUGGUCGCCGGCAGCGUAAUGUCCUGCAAACAUGCUUCCGUCAAAGUGCACGCUCUGAAAAGUGCACCGGCCUCUGUACGCGUCGACGCCUUCGUUGCCAAAAUCUGCUUUUCCACCGUCCGUCUGUCUGUCUGAUGACCGCAGGGAGAACUCUGGAUCUGCGUUUGCUUCACCCCCCCUCCCCAAACGGUCACCACUUAUAGUUGACAUUUAACGUUCUUGUUUUCCAAAACACGGUGUGAUCAAUGUGAAGCACCUGAAUCCAGCUUCAGACCAACCUGUGCCACCUGCAGGCGAGGAGAGCAACAGCUGCUGUCACUUUGCCACUUGUGCCACCUGCAGGUAAAGAGUGUUACCGGUUUAAUUUUUUACAUAUUAAACCUCUGAAAUGUUCGUUUUGUUUACCGCAGUGUGACAUCACGUGUCCACAGAUUGUGGCAGAUAUAUCAAUAUCGGUAAAAUAUUUGAUUGUAUAGUUUUAUGUAUUUUAUGUAUAAAAAAAGGAAUAUUGGCUGAUAUAUCAUUAUCUGAUCCUUGAGAAGACAGUAUUAAUCGGGCUCUAGCUGGUAUAAAAGGCAAAUUAUCUAUGUAGGUUGACUUAAUUCUGUCUUUCUGAAUAUUUGAACUGUAAACUUAGUAAAAUCCUUUACAGGUUGAAUGUCGAUUGGUACAGUUAGACAGCAGACUACUUGUACAGAUAAUUAAUACUAUUAAGACACAUUUGUCUGAUGGUCAAGUGCCUGAAAAAGCUUCAUGUGUCGCCCACUUCAUACAUGUUUAGAGGGAAAUAAAUAUGUUAAUUUAUAAAGCCAUGAGCUGAAUUAUGUUUCAGGUCAGUGUGACACAGUGAUGUUGUAUAAAAACACACACAACGAAAACCUAAACUUUAAAAAAACAAAAAAAACAAACCUGCAGUUGAAACACUCGCUGCCUGCAGGUGGCACAAUUAUAAAAGUGCAGCAGGUGUUGCUGUUUCCUGCUUCUGCUCCACCUGGUUUUCUUUCUUCCAAGUUUGUCUGAAAAACUGAAACACUGCAAAAUAACAGAGUAUAUACUGAAAUGGACAGUAACAUUUAAACAGCUUAUCAUUUUUAACGAAAGAAAGCAACUAUUAUCUUGGCCAUGGAUGCACCUUCGAAGCUAUAAGGGAGCUGUUGUUGAAUGCCAACAAAACAAUCUGCGUUUUGUCUUUAAGUGUAUUUUAUAAUUUGGAGAGGAAGCUCCAGUAUUGUUUCAGGAAACAUCGUAUAAGAAACUGGGAAAAAAAUAUAUCUAGUUUCUAAGCAAGUAAAGCUGAAGGUACAAAAGUGGCUCCAGCUGUGCGAAGGUGUUGCAGGUGUGUCGAACUGGUCUGAGAACGAGCCGCGAUCCACGAGGUGCUUCACGUCUAAAAACCAAAAAAAAACAUUAGUGGAUCAAACGACUGGCUCACUAAAAGCCCAAAUAUCAAAAUGCUAAGAGUUUCUUUAGUCGAGGAUAACCCAUCUUUUAUUUUCCUAUUUGUUUUUCCUAAUAUGACAUCUAGUUUUACCGCAGUUUAAAAAGCAGUUGAAGUUGGCCAGUGGAAAGUUAGCGAAUGAUUAAGUGUGAAAACACCCGUUAAGGCUUCAUGAGGUUUCUUCUCCUCCUCCUCUGCUCUGAAGGUGCGGUCACAUUGCCAACAAAGGUUCAACAAAACUGAACCGAGGGAUGAUCACACACUGUUAGUCAGUGUGAGAUUGUCCUGAACGUGAUGACGAAACUAGAAUAAUAACUUCUAUAUUUCCAAACACGUCGGUGUUUCUAUUGGCUGACCGCAGUCAAGAGUUUGCUCUGAAACAGGAAAUGCGUUUAAAUUUGUCCGUCGUUCAAGCUCAAACGUGAGACGUAGAGUGAAUAUUUGCAGGUGUCAUGUGACCGUACCUUUACUCUGAUUGGUGCACUGGCUUCAUGUUUGAAACCUCCCAUUUAAAAAGUGGCCAAAGAUAAAAAAAGUUCAAGUUUUGAGUUUGAGUUUUUAAAAUGUGGAUCUGAUAUUUGGAAAAGAGAAAUCCAAAUAUCAUUAACAGGCCUGCCAGCUCCUCUCCUAUGCAAAAAUGUUUCACUGAACUUCCAAAAAAACCCUAAAUAUAUACAUGUGAAAGUCAUAUUGAUCUGUUUAACCGUGCAGUUUCACAGCAGAGAGGCUGCUGACGAGCAGCUGCAGACGUCUUUAGAAGCAUCUAAUCACAGUUUCAAAGUCAGGUUACAUUUUUACAGCACGUUGCCGCAGUUUGUGGCCUCUUCUCAUAAUCAGUAGAUUUCAGACUCGUUGCUGUUAUUGUUUACAUUUACUCUCAUCAUAGGCGAGUCACAUGAAUGAGCUGUUUUUUGUCAGAACUACAUGGGAGUGUGAACGCAGGGACACACAGCAGAACAAAUGUCCUCGAAGACUUUUUUUUUUUUUUUUAUCCUGCAGCUACAAACUACACCGUACGGCCAAAAGUAUGUGGACAGCCCUGUCCUCAUACUUUUAGAGUACUUUUUUGAUUAGAUUUAUUUAUAGAUCUGCAGAACACUCCAGUCCGAGGAAUAACACGUUAAAGCGAGAAUACGUAUUUCCAGCCUGGUCCCAAAACCUUUAGUUUUAUUCUGGUUUUCCUAGUUUUGUCUCGGUUCCAGUGACGGGAAAUCUUAAUGCUGAUAUUUCAGACAACAGUGACAGCAGCACAUUAAUGAACGUGAUGUUACAAUCGCAUGAGGCUGAGAUUUGGGGGUUUUCACAUACUUUUGGCCAUGUAGUGUACGAUACCUCAGGUGCUCGGUGAUUUGCGUGGUGUGUCCUAAUUCUUCGGGGGGGGGGGGCAGUUUCCUCCUGCGUUGAGGUCAAAAUUCUUGCAGGAAAAAUGUUUCUUAAGGAUAAAAGAGUCUUUGUCUUCCUUAAUACACUUAUUGUAGCUUGAUUUAUGCCUGCCAAUGACCAAAACACUCCCUUUAAAAUGUCUGUUUUCUAUGAGGAAUUUGGGCUUGACAUUUUUUGACUUUUUCUGACGUAAUAAAAUAGACAUUUUGUGAGGCAUUAAUCACAGAAAGUGUUUUGGACUCCGCACAUGUGCGUGUGUUUUGUGCGCUGAUUUUGUUUUUGAUGGAAACGGCAGCUUAUAGCCACGAUUCUUUAAAACCAAAAGUCCCAAAUGUCCAAACGAGAUGACGUAAGAGGCUGAUCAGUUUGAUGCCGCUUCAGCAAGAAAUCAGCUGCGGAUGAUUGACGAGGAAUCCACGAUACCUUAAGUACCGUCUGAAGUUGUGGUUCGAUGCUUUUAAAGACCUCUGCAACUGUUUUCCCAGCAUCCUUUGUGGCUUUUCUCACUACAAUGAUCCCUUUUAGGUCUCGAUUAAGAGCAGAGUUUCAUUUGAACCACAGAAGGUUCAGUGUUCAGCGUCAGACGCCUGAACUGUAAAACUAGUUUAAAGGAACAGUUUGACAUUUUGGGAAAUACACGCUUAUUCUCCUUCUUGCUGAGAGUUAGAUGUUCAGAUCGGUACUGCUCUCAGGUUAGCUUAGCUUAGCAUAAAGACUGGAACCAGGGGGAAACAGCUAGCCUCGCUCUGUCCAAAGGUAACAAAGUCCACCUCCCAGCAGCUCCAAAGCUCACUCAUCAACACGUUAUAUCUCAUUUGUUUAAUCCGUACAAAAACCAAAGUGUGAGAACAACACGUUGUGGUUUUACACGGGGUUAUGUGCUGGACUGUAGAAUUUAUGCUAAGCUAAUCAACGGCUAGCAGUAGCUUCACGUUUACUGUACACACAUGUGGUAUCAAUCACAAAUAAGAGUAUUUCCCAGAAUGUUGAACUGUUCCUUUAAAAUGACAAGCCUGAAAGUCAGUUUACGCUUUUCGCAUCUCCGUGUUGCUGAUGGACGGACGACGUGGUGUUGAAGGAACUGAUCGUCAGGCCUUUUACACAAAAUCAAUUAGUUUUACAUUGAGGUUCUUUUUUGUUUUACUUUUAACUGUGUUGGUUUUACCUCAACCUCCAUUUAUUUUAACCUAAAUCUUCACGUUUGACCUUAAAAAUCUCUUAGUUUGACCUUUUGACCUCUUUUUUUUUUUUUUUUUUUCUGGUUUUUGGCGAGAACAAAUCGUCAGUCUCAAAAUGUAAAUCAGAGUCUUUUUGUUUUCGGCUCUCUGAGGUUUAUUUUGCCGUUGAAGUGAACAAAUGUAAGACUCGGCACGUUAUUUGAGAAAAAGAGGGAAUGUUAGCGUAGCAUGCUCAUAUUAGCUGUCAGAGAGGAAAGCGGUCGGUCGCUCGGACGAAUCAAAAGGAAGUUUGCUCAGACGCCAUUGCUGUAACAGACUUGAAGUUUUAUUUUGUGACUGCUGUACUAAUGACAUGAAUUGUAAUCCAGUUGUAUAAUAGUAUAUAUUGUAGUAUAUUUGGACCUGUACAGAAACUACAGAAACACAGAUUGUUCAGUUCCUUCAGUUUUUUUUUUUGUUAACUUCUCUCUGGUUUGCUAAUAAAAUAUUGAUGAUACACGGCUUCGACAUCGCUGUUUGCAUGUGUGAUGAAUUUUCAACCCCAACAAUAAAAUCACUUCCUUCA